AUGAACGAUUCCACAAACUACUGCGUGGCUUCCCUCAAAACCGUAACAGCCCACAUCACCUGCCUGGCUGUCCACCGUAACCUCCUCUACGCCGCAUCCCUCAACCUCAUCAACGUCUUCGACCUGAUUUCCCAUUACUCCCACAUCGACGCCUUCAACCAAAGUUCCACCUCAGGCUUCGUAAAGUCCAUCACCUUCACCAAUUCAAAAGUCUUCACCGCCCACCAAGACCGCAAGAUUCGCGUCUGGCUCAUCACUCCCUCAAAACGACACCGUCUCCUCUCCUCCCUCCCCACCGUAACCGACCGUCUGCGCCGCUGCAUAGUACCCCGAAACUACGUUACCGUUCGCCGCCACAAGACGAGGCUUUGGAUUCAGCAUUGCGACACCGUUUCGGGUUUGGCGGUUAACCAGAGGUUUAUGUAUUCGGUUUCGUGGGAUAGAAGCUUUAAGGUGUGGGACUUGUUGAGUUACCGGUGUUUGGAGUCCGUUAAGGCGCAUGAGGACGCUAUUAAUGCCGUUGCCGUUAACGGCGACGGCACCGUUUACACGGCGUCCGCGGACGGGAGCAUUAAGAUUUGGAGGAGGGAAGGCGAGGCGAAACGGCACAAGUUGGUGAGCACCACAGGGAGGCGGAAGUCAACGGUCAACGCGCUUGCGUUGGACGGCGGUGGUGGCGCGGGGUUGUUUUCCGGCGGUUGCGACGGCGAGAUCUGCCGGUGGGAGUGUGGGAAGAACGGCGUGGUGAAGAUGGAGACGCUGAGGGGUCAUGGUGGGGCCAUACUGUGUCUAAUCCACGUGGCGGGUUUGUUGGCGAGUGCGUCAGCAGAUCUAACGGUUAGGAUCUGGCGACGGGAGAGAGAGAGUAGUGGUGAUGGUGGGUAUUGUUGCAGGGCUGUGUUGGAAGGGCACGAGAAACCGGUGAAGUCGUUGGUGGCAUUUUCGGACGGUGAGGGAGACUCAAACGGCGUCGUUACGCUCUUCAGUGGAAGCCUUGACGGGGAGAUUAGGGUGUGGAGGGUGUAAUUGUAUUGGUUUCAAUCUGCGUUCUGCAUGCCAAGUUCACUGUUUAAAAUUUUAAAACGUACGCUGGCUAGGUUAAUUAAAACUGACACUAAUAUAUAGGGUGAAAUGCAGAUCAUAACAUAUAGUACAUAUAUGCUUUUCUGGUUUGUGUAAGAGCAUAUAAUUGGAUCUCCAAACCAGAUUCCUAAAGUUCA